AUGGGGCAACAGAAGGCACUGAUCUAUGCUUUCGUGGCGCGCGGGAACGCGGUGUUGGCUGAGCAUACCGACUUCAAUGGGAACUUCAACUCCAUAGCCUACCAGUGCUUGCAGAAGCUUCCGUCCUCUAACAACAAGUUCACCUACAACUGCGAUGGCCACACUUUCAACUACCUCGUCGACAACGGAUUCACUUAUUGUGUUGUUGCUGAGGAAUCAACUGGAAGGCAGGUUCCUAUGGCUUUUUUGGAGCGCAUUAAGGAUGACUUUGUAUCUAAAUAUGGAGGUGGAAAGGCUGCAACUGCCCCUGCUAAUAGCCUUACCAAAGAGUUUGGGCCAAAGUUGAGGGAUCACAUGCAAUAUUGUGCUGACCAUCCUGAGGAGAUAAGCAAACUUGCUAAGGUGAAAGCCCAGGUUUCAGAAGUCAAAGGUGUCAUGAUGGACAAUAUUGAGAAGGUUCUUGACCGUGGUGAAAAGAUUGAGCUUCUUGUGGAUAAGACAGAGAAUCUUCACCAACAGGCACAGGACUUCAGGAGCACUGGCACGAAGAUCCGUCGGAAAAUGUGGCUGCAGAACAUGAAGAUCAAGCUGAUAGUGUUGGGAAUUAUAAUAGCCCUGAUCCUCAUCAUAGUCCUAUCUGUUUGCCAUGGGUUCAACUGUGGAAAGUGAGCUUGUUCUGCUAUGAUAUAUUUUGUAGAGGACACUCCAUUAUUAUGGCUUGCAAUUUUUUUCUUUUUCCAUGCCUCUUGAAAUCAAAUAUGUAGUAAAGGAUACACACCUGCCUUAUUAACAAAUUGCCACCAUCUUCUUAGAAGUGUUACCCUUUCAUUUCAGUCUAUAUUGCUACAUUCAUUUUUAA